CGUAAUCCCCGCAGCUUUUCUGCUUGGUGGUGCUCGUUCCCGAAACCUCCUCCAACAAAAUAAGCACAAUUUAUUCCAUGGAUCUUGGAGCCUUUCUUCGUUUUUGCUGCUGACCUCCUAUUUCCGGCGGAACCCAGCGCAUUUCCUAUUCCUUCUCCUUUCAUUAACGAUUUCACUCAGACCCUUUGAAUCUUUCGUUGUAAACUCCGAGCCUCUCAACCUUGACGGCCACCAAUUCGCUAGCGUGUCGUGGGGAAAUCCGUCGUGUUCCUUGCGUGGGCUUCGGACUUUGGACAACCGUCUGAUGUGAGGACGGUUCAUCCUGCAGCAACAACAACAGCAACAACAACGACAACACAUACACGGGAAUUUUCCUGUCGUCUUGAUCUCUUUCUUCCCCUACGCCACUCACUGAGCCAUCAGGUUUCGCAUUGGGUACCUCACUGUACUACCACUGCUGUUUCAGCCCUACACCCUGUGUUGGAUUGGUCUUGUCGUUUGCGUACCAUCCCACAUUCACUCAUACUCUGCUCCAUUCACAUUACAUCAUCACUUUAAAUCAUCACUCCGACACCAAAACACCCCGAAAGAGCUAGCAUCCGUCUCAGAGCCUGUAACUCCGGUGCUGUCUGACACGGAGCCUUCCGAGUUUCAUUACUCUUAGCAUAUUCUCACCACCAAACAAAUCAACCAGUACCGAGCUGGUUAAUAUCACCAUCAACGAUGUCUAGCAGCCCGACUUUCAAAGACAAGGACGAGGAUCUGGAGGCCCAGGUUCCUCUCAACCCACAGCCUUCCAAUCCCACGGUCAGGACCGAACAAGAAGUCUCAGGCACGACAAAGCUACUAUACUUGGCCGUCUACUUUCUAUGUAAUAUUUCAUUAACGAUUUACAACAAGCUCAUCUUGGGCAAGUUCUCCUACCCAUGGCUUCUCACGGCCCUCCACGCCGGCUCGGCGUCUAUAGGCUGCUACAUCCUCCUUCUCCAAGGCCGAUUUACCCUCACGAAGCUCAGCCUCCAGCAAAAUAUCGUCCUCUUCCUCUUCUCCAUCCUCUUCACCGUCAACAUCGCCACCUCCAACGUCUCUCUCGCCAUGGUCUCCAUCCCCUUCCACCAGAUUAUGCGAUCGACCUGUCCCUUUUUCGCCGUGCUCAUCUACCGCUUCCGGUACGGCCGCUCCUACCCGCGGGACACCUACCUCUCUCUGAUCCCGCUCAUCCUGGGCGUCGGUCUCGCCACUUAUGGCGAUUACUACUUCACCGCCGCGGGUUUCCUCCUCACUUUCCUGGGCGUCAUCCUGGCCGUCGUCAAGACCGUCGCCACCAAUCGGAUCAUGACCGGCGCCUUAGCUUUGUCGCCCCUCGAAACGCUGCUGCGCAUGAGUCCCCUAGCUUGCGCGCAGGCGCUGGUCUGCGCUAUUGCUAGCGGUGAGCUGGCUGGGUUUAAGGAGCAGAACCCCGAGGGCCCGUCGGGGGCGUUGAUCCUCACGCUGGCGGGCAAUGGGCUGUUGGCGUUUUGCCUGAAUUAUAGCUCGUUUUCGACGAACAAGGUGGCGGGCGCGGUGACGAUGACGGUGUGCGGAAAUAUCAAGCAGUGUUUGACCAUCUUGCUGGGUAUUGUGUUGUUUGGUGUCAAGGUGGGAUUCUUGAAUGGUUUGGGUAUGGUGAUUGCAUUGGCGGGCGCGGCGUGGUAUAGUGUUGUUGAACUGAGGAGUAAGACGCAGAAAGGUGGGAGGUAAACGAGUUGGUUCGUGGGAAUAGAAGGUUAGGUGCGGAUUGUUGCAUAUAGAGUCUGGAAAGACGUAGUGUGUCUGUGGGAGAUUUGUCCAUACACAAAAACAAAUCACAAGCGUAUUUGUCGCUAGAAAUUCAUUUCCUU